AUGUCCAAGGGGAAGAAGGCCAAGGGGAAGAAGGUGGCUCCGGCCCCUGCUGUGGUCAAGAAACAGGAGGCCAAGAAGGUUGUAAAUCCUCUCUUUGAGAACAGGCCGAAGAAUUUUGGCAUCGGGCAGGACAUUCAGCCCAAACGGGACCUGACCUGCUUUGUGAAAUGGCCUCGUUAUAUCCGACUUCAACGCCAAAGAGCCAACCUCUACAAAAGGCUGAAGGUGCCUCCAGCAGUUAAGCAGUUCACUCAAGCAUUGGGCCAUCAGACAGCUACUCAGCUUCUGAAAUGGGAGCACAAAUACAGGCCUGAGACGAAGCAGGAGAAGAAGCAGAGGCUGCUGGUCCGUGCAGAGCAAAAGGCUGCAGGGAAAGGCGACGUCUCUAUCAGAGCAGGUGUCAACACCAUUAGAAAUGUAUCCAGGGCAGCUGUCUACCAGCUCCACCUGGUACGCAGGCUGAGACCCUACCUGCCCGCGGACUGUCUCGCCAGAGUGGUGCAUGCUCUAGUUAUCUCCCGCUUGGACUACUGUAAUGCUCUCUAUGUGGGGCUACCUUUGAAGGUGACCCGGAAACUACAACUAAUCCAGAAUGCGGCAGCUAGACUGGUGACUGGGAGCAGCCACUGAGACCACAUAACACCGGUCUUGAAAGACCUACAUUGGCUCCCAGUACGUUUCUGAGCACAAUUCAAAGUGUUGGUGCUGAGCUUUAAAGCCCUAAACAGCCUCGGUCCAGUAUACCUGAAGGAGCGUCUUCACCCCCAUCAUUCUGCCCAGACGCCGAGGUCCAGCGCCGAGCGCCUUCUGGUGGUUCCCUCAUUGCAAGAAGCAAAGCUACAGGGAACCAGGCAGAGGGCUUUCUCGGUAGCGGCGCCCGCCCUGUGGAACGCCCUCCCAUCAGAUGUCAAAGAGAUAAACAACUACCUGACAUUCAGAAGACAUCUGAAGGCAGCCCUGUUCAGGAAAGUUUUUAAUGUGUGACAUCUUAGUGUAUUUUUGGUCUUUGUGGAAGCCGCCCAGAGUGGCUGGGGAAACCCAGCCAGAUGGGUGGGGUACAAAUAAUAAAUUAUUAUUAUUAUUAUUACUAUUACAACUCUGGUGGAGAACAAGAAGGCACAGCUGGUGGUGAUCGCACAUGAUGGAGACCCCGUUGAGCUGGUAGUUUUCCUGCCUGCCUUGUGCAGAAAAAUGGGAGUGCCCUAUUGCAUCAUCAAAGGCAAGGGAAAGCUGGGCCGCCUUGUCCACCAAAAGACCUGUAGCUGUGUUGCCUUCACUCAGGUUAAUUCCGAGGACAAGAGAGCUCUAGCUAAACUCGUGGAAGCUGUCAAGACCAACUACAAUGAGAGAUACGACGAGAUUCGUCGUCACUGGGGCGGCAAUCUUCUGGGGCCGAAGUCAGUGGCCCGCAUUGCUAAGCUUGAAAAAGCCAAGGCUAAAGAACUGGCCACUAAACUUGGAUAG